AUGUUCGGUGGUGGCCGUGGUCAUCACGGCUUCAACAUCCAAACAACUCCCAUGGUCGCUUACAUCGAAGCCUUCGGCCUCUUUGCAGAGCGCUUCGCCCUGUUUAUCACACGGUCUGAGCGUCACGGAGCAGAGUUGCACAAAGCUUUCGUCGAUGCUGAUUCGCGGCGGUCGGGAACAUCACGGGUUGUGGAAAGGAUCGAUCCAAUAGCGCCGGCCUUUGGCAGAGGCGAUGUCGAAGGUGCGGUGUAUGGCGCUGUCUUUGUUCAUUUCGCUUCCCUCGUCACCUUGGCAACUGCUGUUGAAGCGGACUAUCGCAGCGAUGCUCUGAACUUUUCUCAGUAUCGUGCUUGGAUUCUUUCGAACAAACCUGCCCAUAUAUCUGCUAUCAACCAGGUCAAAGAAAUAUGGGGUAUGUAG